AUGGUUGAAUUGUUAGAAUCUAUGCUCGUCGUAACAGAAUUACUAUCAUCGAGCUCGUAUCCAACUAUCUCUGAUAUCUCUAAUAAAUACUGGUCUAUGCUUAAAGAAUCAACUAUAAUUGCCACAAUUCUUGACCCCUCAUCCAAGCUUAUAACUUUUUCCACUAGUGAUAAAGAUGCUGCUCUUGCUAGUCUACAAAACAUAAUGAUUCAACAUAAAUCACAAACUAAAAAUGAACACAAGUUCCCAACACUUGCAAAAAUGGCGUGUAACUUUUUUGCGAUCCAAGAAACAAGUGUUUCUUGUGAGGAAGCCUUCUCUACUGUGGCAGAAUCACUUACGAAAGUUCAUAACUGUCUUGAUUCUCAAACUGCCUGUGCAUUACUAUGCCUAAAAAGUUGGAUAGAACAAGGUGUUGGCAUCUAA